GGUCCGUGCCGUGCAUGUCUAUUUUAACUGGUGGAGCAGACAGACAUUGCUUUUUGUUCAGACUGCUUCCACAAUGCAAAAUUUGUUACUGGGCGUUCAAGCUUAGAUUUUCAGAGAGUGGAUGCGAUGAAAGAUGGAUCAGACACUGAUGGGGACAGAUGGACAGAUCAGGAAACUUUGUUGUUGUUGGAGGGCAUAGAAAAGUACAAUGAUAACUGGAAUCAUAUCGCAGGUCAUGUUGGGGCAAAAUCAAAAGCACAAUGUAUUCACCAUUUCAUUCGUCUCCCGGUGGCAGAUGGUUUGUUAGAGAACAUUGAAGUGCCAGAAGCAUCCCUUCCAUCUGGAAUGCAAAGCAGUGGAUUUUUGCAUUCAGAUUCCAAUAGCAGUACUUCAGGUAGCCAACCUGGAAACCAGAUUCCAUUCAUUAAUUCUGCUAAUCCAGUCAUGUCACUGUUAUUGGAGAAAUAAGGGUCGACUUGGUUGCCCGAGGUCAACCUAGCACCUGCGAUGGAGGAGAAGGCUGUCGCAAUUGGAGCAGAUGCAGAAAUGAGUACGACUUGCACCAAUUGAUGGGAAGUGUGUCUCCGUAGAGGAAAGAC